GUUCAAACCAUCACAAUUUGGAGAAGAGGUUAAAAACUUGCCUCUCUGCCCUUUAUAAAUCCCCUCUCAUUUGCAAUCUCAGACUCAUUUACCCAACUUUCCCACCUCUGACACAAUCAUUUUCCUUCCCCAUUUCCCGGAAUCCAAACACUCCCCACACCGGAGAGAGGAAAAAGAAAAUGGUUUCUAUAGGAAGAAGUAGUGUUCAAGCUACACCACCAUCACCACCACCGCCGCCGCCACCACCACCCACAGAGCCAAAUUCCAGUCCUCGGAUAUCUUUCUCUUCUGAGUUUCUUGAUGAGAGCAACUUCAUUUCCAUCACCCCCAAUUCCCAGAUAGAGAGAGAUCAAGAAGUUUGUGAGAGGCAGAGGAAGGAGAGAUCAGAGAAGCUGGCAUGGAGUGCUGAUUUUGAGUUUCUUUCUAACAAAGUUAGCAGCCACUCGAUGACUACGGCCGACGAGCUCUUCUUCGAAGGGAAGCUUCUUCCCUUUUGGCAAAUGCAGCAAGCGGAGAGGCUCGGCAAAAUCAGCCUGAAAUCUCCUAAGGAUGUAGAUGAAGAGGACUUGGUGGAGAUAGAGGUAAACAAGGAGGCAGAGAACAAAGUGAAUUGGUUCCUCGACGACGACCCGUCUCCAAGGCCGCCAAAAUGCACUGUUCUGUGGAAAGAAUUGUUGAGGUUGAAGAAGCAACGCGCCUCAUCGACGCUAUCGCCGUCUUCUUCUUCAUCCUCGUCCUCAUCUUCUUCCAGGUCUAUGGCUGAUGUAGCUACAACAGAGGAAGGCAAGGAAGGGACAGCAGGAAACAAAGAGAAGAACAUAAAGAGGAUAAAGAAGGGGUUAGAAAGGACAAGAUCAGCCAGUAUAAGAAUAAGGCCUAUGAUUAAUGUGCCAAUCUGCACACAGGUGAAGAGCAGUGUUUUGCCACCUUUGUUCCCACUCAAGAAAGGAAGAUUUGAUAGAUGAGAAGAUGAAGUUAGUAGCCAAAGUCAGCAGCCCAAGAUCUCAUCAAGUCUAGUCCAACAUGUUAAUCUCCCUCUCUCUCUUUCCCUCUCUCUCUCUGUCUCUCUGUAUUGUCACAUUUCUUCACAAAAUUUCCAACUUUCUUUCUGGGUGUAUGGAUUAACGUUGAUUAUGGUGGUGGAUCUAAUAAUCUACGAUUGUAAAUGCUGACCUCUAGUUUUGUUUGUUGGUAUUCCUUGAUUAAUGACAUUAUGCUUUUUUGCUCA